UCGGAGACACAACAAACAUGGCGGCGGCAGCGGCUGCGACGGUGACGAAGACAGCGGCGGCGACGGCGACAGCGGCGUUAAACAAGGCAGUGGGAGUUACUCGGUGCGGUGGCCAGGUGACCUCUGUAUGGCUUUUCAAUUUUAGUUGAAAUUCCCUCCAUGGCCUUUUGGAGUCCCUUGGUGUGUCUCCAGAGUAUAUUUCGAUUACUCUACAUUUCAUCAAUGUUGGAGUGGCAAGAAAAAAGAGGAACUGAUUUGGGGUGAAAAGGUUAGAGUGUUUUUUCCCCCCUAGGCAUAACAAACUGUAAACUUCAAAAGAAAAAGGAAAAAAAGGAUAAAGCAAAGAUGGGUGAAAAGAAACCAGAGCCUUUGGACUUCGUGAAGGAUUUUCAGGAGUAUCUGACGCAGCAGACUCAUCACGUGAACAUGAUUUCUGGAUCAGUUAGUGGAGACAAAGACGCAGAGGCUCUUCAGGGAGCUGGAACAGAUGGUGAUCAGAAUGGACUUGAUCACCCAUCUGUUGAAGUUUCCCUGGAUGAAAACUCAGGAAUGUUAGUAGACGGGUUUGAAAGGACCUUUGAUGGGAAGCUCAAGUGUCGGUACUGCAACUAUGCCAGCAAAGGAACAGCCCGGCUUAUCGAACAUAUUAGAAUCCACACAGGUGAGAAACCUCAUAGAUGUCACUUAUGCCCAUUUGCAUCUGCUUAUGAGCGUCAUCUGGAAGCCCACAUGCGUUCCCAUACAGGAGAAAAACCAUACAAAUGUGAAUUAUGUUCCUUCCGCUGCAGUGAUCGAAGUAACCUGUCCCAUCAUCGAAGGCGCAAGCAUAAAAUGGUACCAAUUAAAGGUACUAGGUCUUCCUUAAGCAGCAAGAAAAUGUGGGGAGUUUUACAGAAGAAAACAAGCAAUCUGGGCUAUAGCAGAAGAGCAUUAAUCAAUUUAAGUCCACCUUCCAUGGUGGUUCAGAAGCCAGACUACCUUAACGAUUUUACCCAUGAAAUCCCAAAUAUCCAGACUGACUCCUAUGAAAGUAUGGCAAAAACCACAUCAACUGGUGGCCUACCAAGGGACCCCCAAGAACUCAUGGUUGACAACCCUUUAAAUCAGCUCUCAACCCUGGCAGGACAGUUGUCUAGUUUGCCACCAGAAAACCAAAACCCUGCAUCUCCUGAUGUAGUUCCCUGCCCUGACGAGAAGCCUUUCAUGAUGCAACAGCCCUCUGCCCAAGCAGUGGUUGCUGCCGUGUCAGCAAGUAUUCCUCAGAGCUCCUCUCCCACGAGCCCGGAACCUCGGCCGUCACAUAGUCAGAGGAACUAUAGUCCGGUGGCAGGUCCGAGCAGUGAACCAAGUGCCCACACGAGUACUCCCAGCAUAGGAAACAGCCAGCCGAGCACUCCAGCUCCAACCCUCCCGGUCCAGGACCCGCAGCUUCUACACCACUGCCAGCACUGUGAUAUGUACUUUGCCGACAAUAUCCUUUACACUAUUCAUAUGGGAUGUCAUGGGUAUGAAAAUCCUUUUCAGUGUAACAUAUGUGGUUGCAAAUGUAAAAACAAGUAUGAUUUUGCUUGUCAUUUUGCAAGGGGACAGCAUAACCAACACUGAUUGAAAAUAAUCAUAUUAUGCUUUACUUGGUUUUACCUUUUUGUGUUUUAUAGUUUUGUUUAUUGGUUUUUUUUCCCCCGGGGGGGGGGUCAUUCCUAAUAAGGUGUCCGCUAAUUUAAAGUCUAUAUAUUUAUAGAAUAUAAGUUUGUCAGUGGAAACAAAAAUUUUUUUUUCUAUAAAAAUCUGGUCAGGCUUAUUUAUGUAUUAGAGCAGUGAGACACGUUGGUGUCUGUUUUUUCCUUUCACUUAGUUGAGAACUGGAGUGCAAUCAUAAUCCUAACAGGUAUUCAUUUACAUUUCCCAUACUUAUGGUCCAUAAACACUUCAGAGCUUACUGAUACUCUUGUAUUUCAACAUAUACAUUCAGCUAGAUAUUACUUCUGCCACAUUCAACAUGGUAGAAUUACUGUCUCUUACAAAGUCUAUUACAGUUUAUUUCAGUGUUUAGUAGAGGAAUUGCCUUUAACCUCGUUCUUUGUCAACGUGCUGUUUCAUUCACAUUGCUGAAUGUUCACAGUACUUUCAUUUCACCUGAUAAUCACAGAGCUAUUUAGUGUAGCAAAUCCUUCUUUUUUUUUUUUUCUUAAGGGGAAAUGUAAAACAGGUCAUUAUUUUUAAAUUGAAGUUAUAAAAAUAUGAGGCAAAAGUUCUGAAAAGAAAUUGAAACCGAAAUUGAAAAAUGGGUUUAAUACUUAAAAUACCUGUUCGUUCAAUUUCUAGUUUAAAUAUGUCAGUUUUCCAUUGGAUUCUUUUUAUUCUGGUUUAUUGUAAAAACCACAUGAAAUGCUAGAAAUAUCAGGAUUAUCUCUAAAGAUGCCUUUUUUUUUU